AUGAUUAAGCUUGCUUCGUGGAAUGUAAGGGGUCUUAAUUCCCCUUUGAAACAAAAAGAGGUUAGACAUCUAAUCUCUUCCAAUAAAAUUGCAAUUUGUGGUAUUUUGGAAACUAGAGUUCGUGAACCAAAUUUUGAGGUUACUAAGUCCUUGACUUUUGGGGGAUGGGAUGUAAUCCAUAACUAUGUGUGCUGCCCUAAUGGUAGAAUUUGGGUUGCUUGGAAUCCUAGUUUGGUGAGGUUUGAAAUCAUUCAAUCAACGAAUCAAGCCAUCCAUGGUAAGGUUGUUAUUUUGGAGUCUAAUUACUCCUUUGUUAGCUCAUUUGUCUAUGGCUCUAAUGGUCCACAGAAAAGGAAAGAAUUAUGGAGAGUCUUAUCGGGUAAAGCUCAAGAUUUUGAGGAAAUACCAUGGGUGAUUAUGGGUGAUUUUAAUGCGAUGAGAUUUGGGCAUGAGAAAAUAGGGGGUUCUUAUAGGUGGAGAAAUUACGUUUCGGACUUGAAUAAUAUGUGUAAUGAGACUAGGCUUGAGGACCUUCGGUUUAUGGGUAACUUUUUCACGUGGAGUAAUAUGAGAGAAGGGGAACAUAGGAUUACCACUAAGAUUGAUCGAGCUCUUGUGAAUGAAAAGUGGGGCAGUGUGUUUGGUAACUCCAUAGCCAAUUUCCUUCCCCCAAGCAUCUCGGAUCAUUCUCCUUGUAUUGUUGAAUGUGGGGUUAUGUCUUCAUUUAGGAAAAUCCCAUUUCGGUUCUUCAACUUUUGGGCUCACCAUGAAAGUUUCGUUAGCAUUGUUAGGAAGGCUUGGGAAGAAGAAGUUAGGGGUACCCCUAUGUAUCAAUUGGUUACUAAACUGAAGAGAGUCAAAGCAGCAUUAAAAGUGUUUAACAAGAGGGAGUUUGGGAAUAUCUCGGCAAGAGUUAUUGAAGCUAGAGAAAACCUUCUAAGGGUCCAGCAUGCUCUUGCUUCUAAUCCUCUUGAAGAGAACCUUAUUCUUGAGGAAAAAGCCAAAGCUUUUUAUUUUAAUUCUUUUAGUUGA